AAGCUUCCAGCCGCCCUGGAGCAGCUGCCCGCCAUGCACGAGUGGCAGAUCCACCGCACGCAGCUCCACUCGCUCCCGCCCAACCUGGGCGCCUUCGGCAGCCUCCUCACCCUCGACCUCUCCCGCAACCGCAUCCGCUGCCUCCCGCCGCAGAUCGGCCAGCUGUCCCGCCUGCGCGAGCUGUCUCUGAGCUACAACGCUCUGGAGUCCAUCCCGCCGGAGCUGUCGCAGUGCCGCGACCUCCAGCGGCUCGAGCUGUCGGCCAACCAGGGCCUCCACGAGCUGCCGGACGAGCUGGGCUCCCUGCCCAGCCUGUACCACGUGGACCUGUCCGUGAACUCGUUCCCCCACGUGCCCGCCGCCCUGCUGCGCCUGGCGGCUCUCGAGUGGCUCGACCUGAGCAGCAACCGCCUGCAGGCGCUGCCCAGCGACUUGAGCAGCUGGGAGCGCCUCCACUCGCUGUGGCUGCAGCGCAACCUGCUGCAGGCGCUGCCCGAGUCGCUGUGCCGCCUGCGCUCCCUCACCACGCUGGUGCUCAGCGGCAACCGCCUGCGGCAGCUGCCCCUGGCGAUGGAGGCCAUGACAGGACUCACAUUCGUGAAUCUGCGCGACAAUCCUCUGGAGCCGGCCGUGAGUUUGCCCGAUCCCGUGCCAACGGAGAGACGCGGCGGUCCCGAGGAGGAGGAGGGGGUGGGGAGGGGGUGGGUGGAGGAGGUGGAGGAGGUGGAGAAAUUUGGGAUGGACUUCAUGCGUCACUACCUGCGCACCCUACGGACUGAGCUGGAUUCUUCCGCCGGCGAUGGAGCCGCGGAGACGGAGGCCGGGAGAGGAGACGCCACAGAGGGAGACGCGGGGGGAGAUCCUGGGGGAGACACAGAGGGAGACACGGAGGGAGACACGAGGGGAGACACGGCGGGAGACACGGGGGGAGAUGCGGCGUUCGUGUCCACACUGGAGGUGGACAUGAGACUCUCCUGCCAGAUGCCUCCAGACAGCUUGCCGGGAGCUUCAUAGUGGCCGUGUCGGAGACGCUGAGAGGCUGGGUUCAACACUGGGUCUGGGUGUCUCUCUCUCUCUCUCAGCAGGUUCACAAUGGCCGUGUCGGAGACACUAAUAGCCUGGGUUCAACACUGGGUCUGGGUGUCUCUCUCAGGGGGUUCACAAUGGCCGUGUCGGAGACGCUGAGAGCCUGGGUUCAACACUGGGUCUGGGUGUCUCUCUCAGGGGGUUCACAAUGGCCGUGUCGGAGACACUGAGACCCUAUGUUUGAGCCCUGGGUCUGGGUGUCUCUCUCUCUCAGGGGGUUCACAAUGGCCGUGUCGAAGACACUGAGCGCCUGGGUUCGAGCCCUGGGUCUAGGUAUCUUUCUCUCUCUCUCAGGGGGUUCACGAUGGCCGUGUCGGAGACGCUGAGAGCCUGGGUUCAACACUGGGUCUGGGUGUCUCAGGGGGUUCACAAUGGCCGUGUCGGAGACACUGAGAGCCUGGGUUCGAGCCCUGGGUCUGGGUGUCUCUCUCAGGGGGUUCACAAUGGCCGUGUCGGAGACACUGAGAGCCUGGGUUCGAGCCCUGGGUCUGGGUGUCUCUCAGGGGGUUCACAAUGGCCGUGUCGGAGACACUGAGAGCCUGGGUUCGACACUGGGUCUGGGUGUCUCUCUCUCUCUCAGGGGGUUCACAAUGGCCGUGUCGGAGACACUGAGAACCUGGGUUCGAGCCCUGGGUCUGGGUGUCUGUCUCUCUCUCAGGGGGUUCACAAUGGCCGUGUCGGAGAUACUGAGAGCCUGGGUUCGAGCCCUGGGUCUGGGUGUCUCUCAGAGGGUUCACAAUGGCCGUGUCGGAGACACUAAUAGCCUGGGUUCAACACUGGGUCUGGGUGUCUCUCUCAGGGGGUUCACAAUGGCCGUGUCGGAGACACUGAGAGCCUGGGUUCAACACUGGGUCUGGGUGUCUCUCUCAGGGGGUUCACAAUGGCCGUGUCGGAGACACUAAUAGCCUGGGUUCAACACUGGGUCUGGGUGUCUCUCUCAGGGGGUUCACAAUGGCCGUGUCGGAGACGCUGAGAGCCUGGGUUCAACACUGGGUCUGGGUGUCUCUCUCAGGGGGUUCACAAUGGCCGUGUCGGAGACACUGAGACCCUAUGUUUGAGCCCUGGGUCUGGGUGUCUCUCUCUCUCAGGGGGUUCACAAUGGCCGUGUCGAAGACACUGAGCGCCUGGGUUCGAGCCCUGGGUCUAGGUAUCUCUCUCUCUCUCAGGGGGUUCACGAUGGCCGUGUUGGAGACGCUGAGAGCCUGGGUUCAACACUGGGUCUGGGUGUCUCAGGGGGUUCACAAUGGCCGUGUCGGAGACACUGAGAGCCUGGGUUCGAGCCCUGGGUCUGGGUGUCUCUCUCAGGGGGUUCAUAAUGGCCGUGUCGGAGACACUGAGAGCCUGGGUUCGAGCCCUGGGUCUGGGUGUCUCUCUCAGGGGGUUCACAAUGGCCGUGUCGGAGACACUGAGAGCCUGGGUUCGAGACCUGGGUCUGGGUGUCUCUCAAGGGGUUUACGAUGGCCGUGUCGGAGACACUGAGAGCCUGGGUUCAACACUGGGUCUGGGUGUCUCUCUCAGCGGGUUCACAAUGGCCGUGUCGGAGACACUGAGAGCCUGGGUUCAACACUGGGUCUGGGUGUCUCUCUCAGGGGGUUCACAAUGGCCGUGUCGGAGACACUAAUAGCCUGGGUUCAACACUGGGUCUGGGUGUCUGGGUGUCUCUCUCAGGGGGUUCACAAUGGCCGUGUCGGAGACACUGAGAGCCUGGGUUUGAGCCCUAGUGCUGAGCUCUUCCAUCUCUAUGAGUGUCUAUGCGGCUCUAUGUGUCUCUAUGAGUCUCUACGUAUCUCUAUGAGUCUCUGUGUGUCUCUAUGAGUCUCUGUGUAUAUCCACACAUCUCUAUGUUAGUUUUAGUUAAACCAGCUGGUCAGCAGAGGAACACGAACGCAGUGUUACUAAUCUAGCAUUACACGCUAACGAUAACCUAAUUAAGAAUCACAGAG